CGCGAGUCCAAAAGAAAUUAGAGAUCUCUGGCCGCCAGCGUAGAGUUCAUGCCAUACCCCCAAAAUUCCCAACUUCUUUCCCAGUGAAGUUCCCAUUUUUGGCCUCAAAUCAGACCAAAACCUCGCAAAUAUCGCGUAGAAAACUCGCUCAUCAUUUAAUGAUCGGAUAACUGAUUGCUGUCUCUCCAACCCCUCUCCUCUUUCCUCAAAAAUCCGAGGAAAAUCCGCCCAAAAAAGGGCCAUUUUUUGUGUUAAAAAUCGGAUUUUUGCGAUCUGGGCGGUGUCCACUUUUGCUGCGAUUGCUUCGAGUCGGGGAGAGCUUAUACGGGGUAGAUUGGAUUGGAAGGAUGUUGAGGAGUUGCCUGCAGUCGGCGCUGAAGCUGGUGAAUUCGGUGAUUGGGAUGGCGGGGAUGGGAAUGAUUCUUUACUCCCUCUGGAUGAUGCGGGUUUGGUCCAAGCAAAUUGAUGGCUCCGGUGCCAGUUCCGCUCCUCCAUGGUUCAUUUACACAUUUCUUGGCCUAGGAAUCUUCUUAUGCUUGAUAACUUGCUCGGGUCAUAUUGCUGCUGAAACUGCCAGUGGCCAUUGCCUUUCAUGUUACAUGGUGUUUGUGUUUUUGCUUGUUAUGCUGGAGGUGGCAAUUACUGCGGAUAUAUUUCUUAACAGAAACUGGGAAGAGGACUUCCCAGAGGAUCCAACAGGGAAAUUUGGUGAGCUUAAGGAUUUUGUGAGAUCAAAUUUUGAGAUGUGCAAAUGGAUAGGAUUGUUGGUUGUAGCUGCUCAGGCAUUGUCCAUAUUCCUGGCCAUAGUGCUUAGGGCUCUUGGGCCAGAUCAUGGAAGUUACUACGAUAGCGAUGAUGAUACUGUACCUGCAAGGUUACCUCUACUGAGAAACCAGGCUCACCGCACUCCAUACACUGCCGAACCUAAUUUAUCAACGAAGAAUGAUUCUUGGAAUGUUAGAAUCCACGAGAGGUUUAACAGGUGAAAGAUCUAACCAGAGUGCCUCCUUUUCGGAAACUAUAAUUUUAUUAUAUUUACUGGUAACCUUCAUUCAUAUUCAGAGAGGGUCUGGUGCUGUUGUAUUGUACGUGUAUAACAUGUAGGUGAAAAAUAAUAAUGUAAAUGGCAUUAGAAUUGCCGCAGUAUGUACAAAUGUUUAUUCCCAACAUAUAUUCUUACACAGUACUAGUUGUAUGAAUCUUUAUUACAGUUAUACACCAAGAUCAGGGCAUCAUGCCUUGUUUUACAA